AUGGGAAAUUGUUCAAGUGAAGAACUUAGUCUUUCUGAAUUGGAAUUGUAUACCCCUUAAUUGUCGCAAUAUAAAUUGCUCUAUGUCAUAGGGAAGGGAGGUUUUGGUAGAGUUUGGAAAGUAAAAUGCCAAAAAAGGUUUUUUGCAUUAAAAGAGAUGAUAAAAUCUAAAAUAAUUGAAAAACAGUCUAUUUAGAGUGUGAUGAACGAGAGGAUUCUGCUUUAAAAAUUAAAUCAUCCAUUUCUAGUAAACAUGAGAGGAGCAUUUUAGACUUUGACACAUUUGUACAUUGUUCUAGACUAUAUGGAAGGAGGAGAUCUAAGAUAUCAUCUAUGCAAACAAGGGAAAUUCAGUGAAGAGCAAACAAAGUUUUUUGUUAUCUGCAUACUGAUGGCACUCCAAUAUCUGCAUAAAAACCUAGUGCUUCAUAGAGACAUCAAACCAGAGAAUCUAGUGUUUGAUGAUGAAGGUUAUCUUCAUAUAACUGAUAUGGGAAUUGCAAGAAUUUGGAAACCCAAUAAUAAAAAUGAAACAAGUGGAACUCCUGGUUAUAUGGCUCCAGAAGUUAUGAUGAAAUCUGAUCAUGGCGUAGCUUGCGAUUACUUUGCAUUAGGUUGUUUGGUUUAUGAAUGCUUAACAGGAAAAAGACCUUACUAAGGAAAGAAUAGAAGACAAAUUAGAGAAUUGAUAAUGAGCAAAUAAGUUAAAUUAAAUAGGCAAGGUCUAUCUAAAGAAGUUACUGACUUUGUUAAUAGAUUAUUAGAAAGAAAAGCCAAUCAAAGAUUAGGCAAUGAAGGUCCUGAUGAAGUGAUGAGUCAUCCGUGGCUGAAAAAUGUUGAUUGGGGAAGACAUUACGAUAAAUUAAUCGAAGCUCCGUAUAAAAUAAUUGGAAAAGAUAAUUUUGAUACAAAAUUUGUGAAUCAAGUCUUAACGAUAAGUGAAUAUAAGGAUGAGAAAGAUCACAAUAAUUUGUUUUAAGGAUUCACCUAUAUUGAAAACAAUGAUGAGCAAUAGGUUACAGACAUAGACACCAAUAAAUAAAAGCUAUUAUUAUCUACUAAAUAUUAUUGA